AUGUCCCCGCGGGAGGGAGUUCUUCGAAGUGAGGAACAACUGGGGGGACAUCCCGGGCCGCUGCUUCAGUUGCUGCUGGUAUGCCAUUCCGAUGGUCGUUGGAGGAUCCAGGGAGUCCCGUACUCCCGUAGAAAGUUGGUAGAGGGACCGGUGGUGGUUGUGGAGCCUCCGUUGCAGACCGAAUAUGAGCACGAAGUCGCUCAAUUUAAGCCUGCAAAUCUUCAACCCUUUGGGAUGGUAGAGUUUGCUCAGGGUUUGGACUUGAACAUUGACCGAUGUCAACUUGCAGUUGUGAAUUUGUUGUAUCCAUCUCGACUGGUUGAAUUGGCAAUCUGA